AUGCACCUUCGGCUUCAUGGACCUCCGUCCCCCGAAUCAUUGGAAGACAUUUCUCGGUCCCUGAACUCGACACGCGUCCUCGACUUUGUUGGCCCCAUCACAGACAAGCCGGCGGCUCUCAUCUUCGCACUCCUGGAGCAACGCGUGACUGUUCGUUUGCGGGCAAACCCGGCGGGACAGCGUAUGCUCACGCCUGGACAACAUCUCAGUGCCGACGAGGCACUCUUUGCUUACUUUCAAGUUAUGCGCCGCACCGCACGCCAUGUCAUGUUCACACCAUUGUGGGACUUGCUUGCUCCUCAGCGACGCUACCCCGACUUCGGACACCCAAUGCUCGACAAACUCAUCCUCGACAAGUGUGUGAUCAACAUCACAUUUGACCCCAACUCGCUCUGUGGUCCACCCGAUAUCGUCGAUACCGAAUACCCAACGGGGACACAAGCGCUCGUGGUCAUCUUCCGCGCCCUGCCUACGCCUCCACGGGAUACCUUGAAUGCGAGUUUGGCCAUGGCAAGUGGAUCGUCAGUCAUGGCGCCCAGUCCGAUGAGCGAUGAGUCGGUAGUCACGCUUGAGGAUCUCCGUGCCAACAUAGACGCUGUCCUCGAGGGCUUCGGGUUCUAUCUCGAUGACAUCCCGCACACCCUCGUCAACAUUGGCGACCUGAACCCAGAGUGGAUCGGGGCAAACCCCGCAGCUCCGCAGCAUACCUGCGAGGACGUCAUUCGCCACAAGAUUCGGGCCGACGUCCGGGCGCGCCGCCCAGACCUCCCGCUUUCCGAGCUCGAAGCACUCCUAGACCGUAACCUCCGUUUCAGGACACUAGAGGAGUACGAACGCGAGAUUGGAACACGCGAGUUCCGCAUCGAGACGGUUGAGCACGUCUAA